GGUGCUUAUAAAUUUGAGAAAGAUAUUGUUGAUAAAUUACAAAUAAGUUGGUGUAAAUGUGAUGAACUCGAUACAUUAAUGAAAGGUUUAUGUUAUAUAAGUAAACUUAAUUCAAAAGAAUGUUUUUAUUACGAAGAACCACAAAAUGAUGCUAAUCCAAAUAAACAUCCAUUUGUAUUCGAUAUAAAACAUCCAUUUCUUCUAGUUAAUAUCGGAAGUGGCAUUAGUAUUUUACAUGUUGAAUCAGAAAGUAGUUAUCGACGUAUAACUGGUACAAGUAUAGGUGGUGGUACUUUUUUGGGUUUAUGUUGUUUAUUAACAGGAUGUUCAAGUUAUGAUGAAGCUAUUCAGUUAGCUUCGGAAGGAGAUAGUACUAAAGUUGAUAAAUUAGUUAAAGAUAUAUAUGGUGGUGAUUAUGAAAGAUUUGGUUUACCUGGUCAUAUUGUAGCAAGCAGUUUUGGUCAUAUGAAUUUAUUAGAGAAACGUGAACAAGCAUCAAAAGCUGAUUUAGCUCGAGCUACUUUAGUAACAGUUCUAAAUAAUAUUGGUUCAAUUUCAAUGAUGUGUGCUCAAACUGAGAAUGUUGAUCGAGUGUUAUUCAGCGGUAGCUUUUUACGUAUUAAUGAAGUAUCAAUGAGAAUAUUAGCUUAUGCAAUGGAUUAUUGGUCACGUGGCAAAAUAAAAGCAAUAUUUCUUGAACAUGAAGGUUAUUUCAGUGCUGUUGGUUGUUUGAGACAAUUUAUUAUGGAUACAAAUAAUGAUGACACUGAUCUUACUAAUUCUACUCAAAAAUAA